AUUUAUCUCCCUUUAAACCUAGUGUCAGCCGGAGGAUGGAAGCAGUUAGAGCUCAGUAUGAAACUAAGAUCAAUGCCAUCUCUGACCUCCUAGAGGACCUCCCGGACACUGAUGAGCCAGUCUGGCUUCUAGGAGAGCAGUACUUUGUGAAAACAGAAAAAUCUGAGCUGCUGUCUGACAUCAGGUCGAGACUAUGGUUUACAUACCGGAAGAAGUUCUGUCCAAUCGGGGGUACCGGACCCUGCUCGGACACUGGCUGGGGCUGCAUGCUGCGCUGUGGGCAGAUGAUCUUAGCCCAAGCCCUCGUCUACAGACAUUUAGGAAGAGAGUGGCGCUGGGAGAAGGAGAAUUGUCACCCCGAGGAGUAUCACAGGAUCCUGCACUGUUUCCUAGACAGGAAGGACUGCUGCUACUCCAUCCAUCAGAUGGCUCAGAUGGGGGUAGGAGAGGGGAAGUCAGUCGGAGAGUGGUAUGGACCAAACACAGUUGCUCAAGUGUUAAAGAAGCUAGCACUAUUUGAUGAAUGGAAUUCCUUGGCUGUAUAUGUUUCCAUGGACAACACUGUAGUGAUUGAAGAUAUCAAAACACUGUGUAAGCUGCAGCCCAUGAAGGGCCAGUUAAAGCCCAGCAGCUCAGGGCAGGUAGAGCCCCAGGUAAUGGGCAGCAUGCACGGGCAGCUCAACCCUCAGGCUCAGGGGAUCCCUGGCUCGCACCCAGGCUGGAAACCACUGUUACUUAUCAUACCUCUGCGCAUGGGCAUAAACCACAUCAAUCCUGUUUACAUUGAAGCUCUGAAGGAGUGUUUUAAGAUGCCACAGUCCUUGGGUGUUUUGGGUGGAAAACCAAACCUUGCAUAUUAUUUCAUUGGGUUUAUUGGAGACGAGUUGAUCUAUUUAGACCCUCACACAACCCAGGCUGCUGUGGAUCCAGACUUUGAUGGGACUGUGGAUGACCAGAGCUACCACUGCCAGCGGAGGCCACAGAGAAUGAAAAUCCUGAACCUGGACCCCUCUGUGGCUGUAGGAUUUUUUUUCAAGACUGAAGCUGAUUUUGACAGGUGGUGCACAUUUGUACAGCAGGAAAUCUUAAAGAAAAGAUGUCUACGAAUGUUUGAGCUGGUUGAGAAGCACCCUCCCCACUGGCCUCCAUUCAUCCCUCCUGCUAAACCGGAGGUACAGACGACAGGAGCAGAACUCGUCGAGUCAAUGGACAAGCUGUUUGAAUCAGAAGAAGAAUUCGAAAUCCUGAACGUAUGACUUUUUUUUUUAAUGUUUUUUAAUAUUAUUGCCUUUUAAGCUAGUAAGUGCCUCCAACCACACUCACACAAAGCACAAACUGGAAUGGAUCUGCAAAAGAACCCAUUGAAAACAUCAUCGGAAAUGGAAUGGGUUCUGUUAUUGGAAGGAGAUCAAUGGGAGACAGUUUCUGCAGAUUUUUCAAGGGGUUCACUUUCGUUUACAACAAAGGGGUCACGCUGGCCCUGUUGCGCAACCUGACUUCACAAAAAGGAAUCUUGAAGUAGGUGUUAUUUUAUGCAUGGAUCUUUAAACAUCUGGACUGCCCUCUGUAGGAAAAGGCUGAAUAAACUAUGUUUCCAAGAAAGCAUGUUGGAGGAAAACUGCUUAUAAGAUGACAAAUACAAUCUUAUAUUGGUUGAAAGAGGUAUGUAAAAGUGCCUAACCGUGACAAAUAUAAUAUUGCAACUUUCUUGAUUGGUUGUUUGCCAUAACUGUAGUUACAGUAGGUGGUGUAAUAACUGUAGAUUUUUUUGUUUUUUCAUAAAAAGCAGCUGCAAGCUGUAGCAUGUGCCAAAAAUAAGGUGUAUUCAUAGAUGUAAAUAUGAAACCAGAUGUCAAAAAUGGUGUUUGACAGUUUGAACCCAUGAGUACUUGAGAAGUCAGUUUUAUUAAAAACAAGAAAAGGCUCUGAAAGGCAUACAUUAUAUGAUCUAGAGUUUCCCUAAUAUUUCAUUUCAUAUCUGUUUGUCUAAUUGCUAUACUAAAGACUUCUGUAGGUGAAACAAAGCAGCAGUGUUUUUUUUUGUCAGCCUAGUCUUUCAAUUUGUAAAGCACAGAUGUUACUAUAUUGAUUCUGCCUGUGUUUUACCAUCACAGCGUACUACACAGCAGAUCUGCCUAUGUUCAUAGCAAUAAAGAGACCAUUUACUCUUUAUUCUUGGCACACACACUCCAUAGAAUCCACUGAUAAAGCUGGUCUGCCCUUCCUCGUCUUUGAUUCCUUCAAUUCCUUCAGAUUUAUAAUUUCAUAUUGCAUUGCUAAUAUACAUAUUGUUCAAAAACACAUGUAUUGGAUAUGGAUUUAUUGACGUGGUGUCUUAAUAAUAAAACCCCAUGGCCAGCGCUCCAGAUAAGAUGCAUAAAGGGUGUUUUACACAUUGAAAAACUAUGAAUUAUGCAUUAUAUUUAAUGUGUAACAAACAAUAAUAGCAAUUUUGCUGCACGGCUUGAGUUUUCAUGUUAUCAAGCUUCUUGUGCUUGCUUGGUUCCCGGUGCCUCAAUGAUCAGUUGUGAAUAGAUCUGUAGAAUGGAUCAUAGGAAUGCUGGAAACAAAUGACCAAUAAGUCAGGGUUUUCAAUUUAAAAAAAAAAAUACAGUUGAGUCAAUAUGGUUUAUGAACGGUGAAUAUCCAACUGGAUAUUCAGGAUUUCUCUGCUCUGUCUUAGUCUCCCUCAACCUAACCUACCAAUCUGUCAACCAAAUUUUUAGACUGUACAUCUAUAUAAUAAAUAGAAUAUUCUGGGUUUCCAGAGAGUCAUCGCUUUAUGUUGCUGUAGCAAGGUGAUCAAUAAGGAAUAAAAUAUUAUCGUUAUUUGCAUUAGUGCAGUAUUGGUACAGUUUACAAAAAAAAGUUUUAUUUUUCUGUCGAUUUGGAAAGGGCGAGCACAUGAGACUGAGAAAGGAAAAUUUGCAGAAAACUAAAAAACGAACAGCCUAGUACUAGGGGAGCAGCAACUUCGCGGACUGUAAUAUUAAUAAUAUUGUUAAGGCAGGACUAAAUGGCUGCAACAAAGACAUUGCUGAGUUUCUUUAGGUGGAAAAUAAGGAAAGGGAAGUUGGUAUUGUAAGACCAAGUUUUUGUACAGUAGUUCAGAGAUACAUUACAGUUAAAAUGUAAGGCAGUAGUUAAUGCAUACCUCCUAAGUUAGCAUUAAAGUAUGUACUGUAUUUAUUGGAAGUACUUAUGACUUCAAGGUAAUAUAGAUUUUACACAUAUAGUGUUUUACUUGGAGAGUAAAUUACUCAAUGACUCAAAACCUUAUCUUGAGCAAUGCCCAUGACUGAUUUAAAAAAAAACCAAACAAACAAGAAACACAUUUAGUAUCGUUCUACUCUAGAUCAGAACAUUAGACUGAUAGGACUUUCAAAUAAUUUGGAACAAAAGCCUUUCUGAACAUUGUCACAUUUGCCAUAUUAUUUACCCCUAUUAGCUUGACCAAGCCCAUAUAGGAAAAAAAUUAAAGAUUGCAUUAUAAAACUUUUGAUGCAUCAAAAUGUGUCAGGGAAAGUUAUUUAGGUUUGGAAGAAAUACACAUCUUCAAAGCGUGCUAAACAAUGCUUUAUGAUCUUUCCCAUUUCAAAUAUUUGGUUCUUAAAUUGUUUUUAAUGUUAGUUCAUGAUAUACAGAUGUCUCUAAAUAAAAUUCUAUAGAUAACCUGGUUACAUGGUUAUGCAAAAGAUCUUCAAUAGAGUGAUAAUAUUGCUAGUGUUAUUACAAAUUGGUAAGCUAGCUACUUGUGGAGCAAUAGUGGAGAAAGACAUUGGUAACAAGCAGCACUGAUAAUUGGUAGACAGAGGUGCUGCCCCCUGGUGUACACAGAGGUUUACAUCUAUUUGCUGUGCAGUACUUAUUCCUGGGAGGAUGUUGGAAGCAUCACUAGGAUUUUAUUUAUAUUAUUGCACAUAAAGGCAUACAAGACUUUUUCACUGUUCCAGGGUCAGCAUGUUGUCAUGCUCUGGACACAACUAGCUUGUUAGUGCACUAAAAGCUUUCUUUUCUACGGUGGUUAUUGCAAGUCUGUGUAAAUGAUGUCCCCCUCUAUGCCACAGUGGAAGUUGUGACAAUGUGGUAACUGACUACCAAAUGUCUGAGCCCUCUUUCUGUAAUUUUUAUACUUUUCCUACACCAGUGCUGUUUAGUCCCCAGUCAUUUUAUUACCAUUCUGGUCUGUUUUGGUUCAGUCACACAGGUAAAGAAACAGUAACACCUUCUAGGAGGGGCAUGACCAGAUUUAUUUGUUUUAACUUGUACUUGAUUUUUGUUGCUGUAAAUCAAUUUUUUUUUAUUAUUAUUUUUUUAAAAAAACUUUAGACUUUGCAUACAAACAGUAUCACAGGUACACCCUUUUAAUCAAGGUGCACCUCAGUGAAAAUGGUUACUUUAUGUGGAUUACUGAAUGCAAAAUGAAAGCAAAUGAUUUGGAUGUCAAAUGGUAAGCAGUAGUUUGAUGUAAGCACAAUGUUACUGAAAGAUUUAUUUCUACUGUACGUAUACCGAUAUAUAGUCUCCAUUGUAAAAAUGAAAUGUGUACAUGGUAUUUUCUUAAAGGAACAUAAAUCCACAAUCUAUGCAGAAAUAUCACAAACAAAAUAUAGUGAUGUAGAAACUGAGGGUUAUGGAAACUGAGGAUUACGGUUAAAAAACUUCAGGUCACUGUGAUAAUGUAAAAGCAACAGCAGAAAAUACUGCUCAGCAAUACAAUGCUUUAUCAAUAAAUCACGUCAUUACAUAUUUACCAGACUAAACUGUAGCUUUGGCACUGGUAUGCUGCUCUGGGGGAAAAACGAAUUCACAUCACAAGUCCAGCUCAGUUUGGCACACCUGUCACAGUUCUACAGAGUUGUGCUUCAUUUAAUUAUGUGUGGGUCAAUUAACUGCUUCCUAUUUGUACUUUCCAAUAAGUUUUUCUUUUGGAACACGCCCCCCCUCACUGUAGUGUUUCAAUUUCUGUGGGUAAUGAUACAACGUCUGUUCAGGUCUCACUAGACGUCUGUUUAAAAUAGGUAACGCUUUAAUAUUACUGUUUACAUUGCAUUUUACCAAGUAAAAUUGGACACAUUAUUUAAACUGUCUGGUUUAAUCCAUAAUCCAAACCUAUCAUAAUGAAGUGCAUGCUGCUAACAGCUGUAAAAACUUCAAUAUCAGUCCAUGACUGCAAAAUAUUUUACAGCUGUCUUUUUAAUGAAAUGUUUUUUUGAUUAAGUGUAAAGUAUGAAAACAUGCAACAAGGACUAAUCAUUUUAACAUGGUACAGAUUAUAAUCAGUACACCAGUCUCACAUGGUUUGGAUUAGCGAGCGUCUGCUACUUAUUCAACCCUCGAGAGUGAUAGUUACAGAUGGGCUGAAGGAGGGAGAGUGGUCCUAAUGGUGAGAUCAAGAAAACAACUAUAAAAAAACUUGGAGUUUGAAAAGUUUAUUUCAAAUUUACACAAGAACAUUCACAGCCAAUCUCUCAAGAGUACUGUACAUGAAAUGUAAACGGAUAAUAAAAUGUUAUGGUGUCCUCGGA